AUGGCAACACUACUUUAUCCUCCCGACUCGGGCAUCGCCCUGGGUGGUUCAACCAACCGCUCUUCGCUACAGCCAUUACAACCAUUACAGCCUUCUCCUCUGGGUACAACUGGACUACCAUGGCUGUCACCUUUUACUCUAUCACAAAGUGAGAAAGACUUUCUUCUGGGGAAGCCAUAUGAACAGCAAGUUUCGAAGGCCUCCAAUAUGCCAUCUAUAAGCCUACAGUCCGAGCCCCCAAAACAACCAGUUCAACGGUCUCGUCGGUCCUCGACAAGGUCCACCAAAUCCAACGAGGAUAUCAGCCCCGAGAGGGCCAAGCAUCUCGAGCGCAAUCGCAUUUCCGCCAACAAGUGCCGAAUGAAGAAGAAGAAGGAGCACGCAAGGAUGCAGACUUUGCUGAACACCGAAACAGCCAAGCGCGAUUCCUUGAUGUCUGAAGUGGGACUAUUGAAGGACGAACUGUGGUACCUCAAAAACAUGAUCUUUGAACACGCCAAAUGCGAACAUCAAAGUAUCAACAACGAGCUGGCUAAGAUGACGCAAAGCAUCCUUGAAAGCAAGUCAGGGCAGACGAAAUGCCCCUCUCCUACCUUUUCAACAAGUACGUGGUCCGACGGGUCGGUACUGGAGGAACCAGGGGCACCAGAGCACCCAGUUCCCCUUCCGGCAGGGGGUGUUGGCUAUGGUGGAUGUCCCGAAGCGAUGUUUGAUAAUUUUCUUAAUCUGGCAACCCUGUAG